UCAGGAGGUUUCUAUUCGGACACGAAGGCUUUUGUAAAUGACGGCUGCCGAAAAUGCACCAAUGGAACUUUUGUCCAUUACAAUGAAGCACCCGGGAAAAGACUGUUUGACUGCAAGCCAUGUCCAGAAGGUAAUUCUCUUAAACUCCCACUCUUACCGCACUAUGGAGCAUAAUAUUAGUUAUCAUUUGAUCCAAAUUCAGCUUCCUUCUCAUUAGCCGAGACCCUAGCACGUGACCUGCAAUUAACUGCCUACAAAUUAUUGUCUGCUCAUGCGCAACGUCGUCCAACUUUCUUUGCCUGCAAAUAAUAUUCUCUCUAUGCCAUCGCUUUUGCGAGGAAAUGGCAGCUUCCCGAAGAACGUUCAGCAAACGCUCCUUUAAAAAGGUGUUAUAGUUAUAUGUAUGUCCAUAUAGUAUUUAGCUAUAAUUAAAACUAAAGGUUACAAAUAUGUGUGUAAUGCUGCACGCAGAUACUGGGUAUCUGAGAAACGGUGAACUGACAUACACAUGCAUGCAAUUAGUAGGAUAAAGGAGUACAGGGGAGUCACGAUUUCUUUGUGAUUUUGAAAGUGUUUACCAGCGCCACAAUGAGUAAAAGGUAGCGCAAAUUAGAAUAACACAACGAGAGUGGAACGAUUUUAAAUUAAGUUAUGAAGACACUACUGCAUAAGCUUGCUAAUUCCAAUUAUCCUGACAAAACAUAAAUCCAUUUUAUAACGCCUAAAAAGCGAAAGGACUGACAAAGGAAACCACAUGAGACCCAAAUAGUAUUUUGCCUCCACUACACAACAGAACACACAAAACAACACUUGGAGCAUGGGCGUGUCGGUCAGCCAGGCCCAAACACUUUAUUAACUCACGUGAAUGAUUCCACUGUUACAGUAAUUCUAAGAACACGCUACAGCCGGACACGUAAACUCGAAAAAAACAACUAUUGGAAAAAUAGGGGCCGUGUAACCCCAACCUAUAUGCUAUGGCGUCCCUUUGGGGUUAUAAGGCGAAACUAAUAAAAUAAAGCCUAAUAACAUGAAUAAGAGCAGAAAACGAGAUGCUACAUAAAAUAGCUAAGAAACAUAGGGACCAGUAAAGAAGGCAACGAAAUUAAGGCUAACAGAAUAAGUGAAAAAUAAAGUAAACAAAGCAAGUUGACGCGGCGAGGCCGCGACCGUAGAAUGACACGCAUAACGAAACGGUCACUAUAUCAAACCCCGUAAACGAGAUUCCUCGCGCGCUACUCUAGAACCCAGCUCUCCGUUCUGUGUUGGCAAAAUAAUAUCUUAUGUCAAUUCUAAUUUACACAAAUUAUAUAAUGUGCUGCUCGCCUGGGGACUCGAAGCAGAUAGGUGGCCAAUAGCUGCAAGUGUACUGUCUAAGGAAGCUGGACUUAUUUAGGGACGGACCAUUAGAAAACUUAUGCGGAGUUUGGGCGGACGAAGUACAAAAAAAAUUUCGCGCAAGAAAAAUUAAAUGAAAAAAUUCAUGCACGCCAAUUAAUCCUAAAAAGUAUUCAAAAAAAAAAAUAAGGAAUUUGGCCCGAAAAAAAUUCUUUUCGAAAAUCUCCCCCUCCCUUCGCCCCAUAACUUUUCUAAUGGUCCGUCCCUAGGGGUAAGUUAGAAAGGUGUGAGAAAAGAAAAUAGAGACAAGAGACAAAAUAAAAACAACAACAACAACAAACAACCACUUUCUUUUUGUGAAGAAAAUAGUCAAUUUUUGGUCCAUUUUUAGAAAUAAAAGCGCCACUCUCAACGCCAUUUGGGACCUUACGAUACCAAGACGGCGACGGUAACGAGAACGUCUAGAACACAAUGGUUUUUUUUUAUGAGGAAACCAACAAAUCUGCAUGUACUGUACAUUUCUUUGUCGUCCCUGUACAACUACGUUGUGAAAUGUCCAAAUGACGUGAAAACGGGAAUGGCAAUGCUAUAAAAUGUACUUAUUCUCUCUGAACUAGGACACGUCCCCCUCUUUUAGUUCCAGCCUUUAACCCGCGUGGAGUUUAGUUCCAACUUCUAUACUUUCAAGUAACUGGGUGACUUUUUUUUUAUCGGCGUCGCCAUUUUCAUAUCGUAAGGUCCCUUCUAACCCUUUGCCGUCAGCCACUUUUAAGGAAAAAGCCGCAUUUUGGACCAAAUCCUUCUUUUUGAACCGUUUUUCGGCCAGUUAGCAUGGGAAUAGCUAGAAAACAGACUUCCAACACUCAGGACUCAAAUUUCUACUAACUGGAUGCAAUUAAGCGGCUUUUUUGUUUUUCGGGCAUGCGCACUGGCCAAAUUUCUUUUUUCUUUUGCGAAUCUAUUUCGAUAUUUUUUUCUCGCUAUCUUUUUUUUCCUUUUGCUUUUCUUUUUAUAGCCAGUUUUGUUGCUCACUUUAUCAUCUUUCUUUUGCACGAAAUCUUGGUUGGGUUUCUUUCCAACAAAGGAAGAAAUUUAUUGUGUAAAAAGUAGUAGGUAAAUAGGAAAAUUGGUGGUGAAUGUUUCCCCAAAUGUUGCUUGUUUUCUGUCUGUUAACUCUCCGGAUUAGUCAAACGUACUAAAUGAGGUACCUUUGGACAGCUCUAUCCUCGCUAAUUUUGCUACUCCAUUGUUAAAGCUUUAAUGGAAACGUUAAUGGAUCCAGCAAGAAAAAUAUGCAUGGGUCCAAACGGACCUAAAAUGGCAAAAGCGGACGACACAGAGUUUUAACCCGCGUAGAGUUUCAGGAGAUGAUAUAUCGCCUUGCAACUUUAGUUGAGUGCUCUCUAAAGUUUCCAAGUGCUUCUCAUCUCAUAUGUAUUAUAAAUGGUCUGCUUGGCAGGCGCAAAAAGGGAAGGGGGAUGGGUAAGGGAAAAAAGUGCAGAAGCGAAGAAAAGGGAAGGGAACUCCAGCUAUAAGAGCCGAAGUUUUUGCCAUUUUGUCAACUAAUCCGAAAACGUCAACUGACAAUACGUGACCAAUGACAAGUAGUGGGGCUUCUUAGCGUGGUCCCUAAUUACUUUGUUUACCGGGAAUUGUCAAGUCGAGACGCCUUUUUUCAACUAGAAAACAUUUUACUUUUCUUGCUCCCGCAGCAAACACGACCAACAUAGACUUUUUUUACUGCUCGCAGUUUACGACAAACAAUGAUCAUCUUGAAAAUGCUCACAAACAGUCGCCAGCCUGAGACUCGAAUAAUGAAAGGCGAAUUAUUAACAAUAGUCAAAAAGUUCAAGGAAUAGCUUUUACCAAAGCUUCAGCUCUCUCUUUACAAACCAUUUAGAAGGUCAUUCAAGACGGUGUAUGUUUUUGCGGAAAAGGCGGUCUUGUGAAUGUCGGCAUUGCAGAUGUCUGACAAGAAUCGUUAUCGAAUUGAGUCGCCGCUCGGCGUUUGAAAAAAUCCAGUAUACAAAACCUCCUAAGCAUCUCUGCCUGCUAAACAAGCUAUUACAGACAGUUGGUUCUAGUUGGUUCAGUAGAUCACAUUUCCUUGAUGCCUGCAUCAAGUUUGUCUCUCACCAAUUCACGCCAGGAUACACGCCAAUAAGUUACUUAUUACGGCUCAGGCAAUCAGGAAUUUGCGGACGCCAGCGUCCGCAGAAAUGAACAAAAGGGGGUUCUUAUAGCAGGCGUCCCUUACCCUCUCUCCCCAGUCCCCCUCCCUUUUUCCCUUCCUCCCUAUCCUAUCCCCGGUAACACCGCGGCAAAACGUCUACGCAUGCGCCAGGUUGAGCAUUUCCGGUCUCUUUUUCAGUCACACUUUCCAGUCAGAUCAAAGUCUCCCGCGCGAGCUCGGCUUCACUCUGUGUGCAGCUUGUGGUUCAGUUGUUCGGCUUCAUGCUGCUCGUGUUUUUGACUAUUUUGUAGUUAUUGAAAUUGCUUUUAUGGAUAACCAGGCACAGAUCACUGAAACAAUUAGUCGAUGAGAUUCAGAAAAGGUAAGAUGAUAAUAACUCAGUGUGUAAUUUUGGCUAGAGCGUCAGGUAAACUGAUUUUCAUUCACGAAAAUAAAGUUUUUGACUGUUAUUUUUCACUUAACCUGGCUGAAACUAAGACAUAAAAUUAAAACAUUAUCAUUGCAAGCUUGUGUAUUGUAGUUCUAAUUUUCAGUUCUUCAGUUUCUCGGUCUACAUGUGUUAAAGCCGAUUCAAACUUCAUUUGGAAAACGACAACACACAAUCGCUUUGUAGUUUUGUUUACCAGUGGGUUUUACCGUGUUUUAAAACGAAACUCUUCUGGGUUGAUUGCCAUCAAACAUAAGCUUAAUUAUACCGUUGAGCUGGUUGGCAGCAAGUUGAUAACUCUAUUUAUUUAUUUUUCCAUAUUCAGAAUCAGAGAGCGAAAGCUGGUUCAGUGGCUUUUAGAAGUCGAACUUUUCAUGCCAUGUAUUUAGCAGCUAGAAGUUUCGUGUUUGCAUGAGAUGCAGCCGAGCCGCACAGUCUGAAAUUAUUGAAGUCUUCAACAAAAGAACAACCAUGUAAAAGAAUUAAAUAGGCAUUUUCUUGAAUGAAAGUCACUUAUAGGCAUGUUUAGUUUCCCGGUGACUGCAUUCAUCAAAGUCAAAGUUGUUAUUAAAUCCCGCCCAUCUUUUGUUUUGAGUUCUUGUUUUCUCUGAUAAUAAAACAAAUUAUUGAACGGACUAAAAUUUUAUUUCCUGGUUUAAGUGUUUUUUAUGAUAAUGACGACGUCUUUAUUUUGGUUUCUUUCAUAUUGUUAUUCUUUUCUUAGUUGUCGCCUUCUCCCAAAUUAACUUAUGCCAAACCAGUAGCAUGCAAGAAAGGCAGUAAAAAUAAAUUCGUCUUGUCGAGCGCUCGCGACCUGCAAACUUCAAACAUCAUUUUCACCGUUGGUGCAAACAGAUAACCAUGUGGUGCAAAAGUUUGAGAAUAGAAAAAUAUAUAAGCUUUCGAAUGAAGUGAUUUUUUUGGCCCCCUUUUUUGUCUGUUUCGCCCAUUUUGCUUUUAAACUUGGCGCGACGGCAAAGUUAUGCUUACGCUAUUGGUUUAUAUACUAGACCGGAAAUAAAAAGCUGACCGGAUAUUAAAUUUUGUGCUCAUGCGCAUUGCGUUUUGCCGCGGUGUUAUCCCCGGUUCGACGCCUUCUUCGCAGGCUAAUCAUAAAUGUGUAUCACAUAUAUCAUCUGUAUUCUUGAUAUAUACAUCCAUGUACACGGUAGUUAAAUUUCCAUUUAAUAAAAUCCAAAGCAGCUUUGCUACGCUAACUUCAAUGCGUUGCUCAUUUGUGUUAAGGAAAUACGCUUCUGUACCGUUCAUCGAUCUCCUUGCGCUUCAUUUGGGCCGUAUCAUCUGGGCAUUUUCUUCGCUAUUGCUCAAAUUUUUCGCGACCUCGAAAACUAACAAAAAAACGGAAAUAACUUAGAUAGGAAUAUGUACUCGAUGUAUCCUUUGUUGUGACUUUAAAAACUUCAUGAAGAGGAAUAAAAUGUUUUACACAUGGCACAAGCGCACUAUACUCAGAAAUGCGAUGACUCUGUAGUUGUUCCUAGGCAUGCUGCUUUCUUCGGUGCCAGUAAAUGUAAGUGGGGGAGCAAAAGUUGGGAGCAAAAAAAACUAAUGAAUAGCUCAUAAAUAAAUUGCCCGGGAAACUGUUAUUUCUCAAAGAUGAAAGGACACCGUAAGUGAAAAGGGGAACGAAGGAAAAAAGCAAAACAUGCGUAGGCUAGUACUAUUUUAAACGAGAAUUUUUUUCCUUAAAUAAGUACAUGUACGUUGUAAUGAAAGAUGAGAAAUCUUCUUUUAUAAGCCAUGGCCCUUGGUAUAAAAAUGCGGGAAACUGUUUUUUCUCAGACAUGACGUGUUUUGCAGCUUUUAUAUGGGUAUAAGCUCUCCUGUGACUUAAAAAUCACGAAGUCGUGACGUAAUUAUGCACGUUCUAUCUCCUGCCGUAUUCAUUGCCUAACAAUUGUAAAAGUUCCCAAAAUUAUGCAAAUUCAGGGCAUUUUUAAAACGCUCGUACGAAAAAACGAAUGCUAAUCCAUAGUUCAUCUUCACAAGGUUUGUUGCAUAUUUCUCAAAGUUACUUUCAAGCUGUAUUUUAUCUUUAUCUAGGCUUUCUUUCUCUUUUUUACACCCGUGCAAAGAAAGUAAUGCAUGUUUCGUGCUUUGUUGACACAGUGAAUUUUACCAUAUUUCAGAAUGUUAUAGCAUGAAGGGUAUAUAUAUUUAGCGGCUGUGAAAGGAUUCUUUAGAAAGAACAAUUAUUCUUGUUUGUCAUACUAAAAGCUUGUUUUUGGUCCCCAAAAGCGAGCGCGCUAGAGAAAAAUGAAUCAAGUACACUUUAACGAUUUUUCCGUUCUUAAUGUAUUCAGCCAACAUUGAUAGUAGUAACACAUUCUCCGCAUCAAGAACCUUGCUGUUGUUUGUAAAACCACUUUUUGUUCAUUAAAAUUGAUAUAUUUUAGCUAAGGAACAUUUUGCAAAGCAUUCCAUCUUUAUUACAUACGUUUUGGUGUUCUGGUGAAGUGUUCUGGUAAAUUAUAGAUUAGGCGUGACAAACUUAUGAAACAACAGGUGGUAAAAAUUUUCGGCUCCUGGUCCUCCUGCUGCAUGCCGACUGUUGGUCCUGCUUAAUCCCACAUUCUGCUUUUCUGCUUCCAAACCAUCGAAAAAGACAGAAAGAAAGGUAGAAAUAACCAUCCGAGAAACAUGUAUUGUUCUUUAACGUAAAAAUAAUUAAAUAUUCAGAAUGCCAGCAAAAAGUUUAAAUGGAGGGCAAUUAUAAUACACGAAAAGGAAACUUCAAAUGGCCGUAACCAUAUGAGUGCUCGAUGUUUUUUUUUUCUUUCCUUGCUAUCUUUUUUCCAUCAUCGAAUUAAAAUUAGGUUGCUUUUGCAUUCAGCUUAUCACAAAACAUUUGCGGAUUACUUUAUUUGGAAAACAUUUAAGUAGUCACUGAAACUUGACUGGACAAAAAAGAUGUUCAUACUGUUGGGCAGUUGCCCUUAGCAGAUAAGCUCUGAUUUACGAUCUGAUCACGUCUUCACUUAAUAUAUUCAAGAAAAAAGUACUUACUUGUUUGUAAACCAGAAAUUUAAAGCGAUUGUCAAUUGUAACCACAACACAUUCGAUGUGUUAAAAAACUGUCAUGCCGGCAACCAGCGACGCGAUGUUGUAUGACAAUUAUCACGAAAUUAAAAUGCGAUACACUUGUGUGGAAGAAGUACCCCAAAAAGCAUCUUAAAAGAGACGGCCAAAUACGGACUGCGUUUUUUUUUUGUUACGCUGUGGUUACCAAUACCAACAUUUCGGCUUUGGAACUGUGUCUUGAAGAUCUUGAGAAUCGCUCAUCCUGGUUUGCCUCAAAUUAUUUGUCCUUCAAUGCCAAGAAAACCCAUGCGAUGAUCCUGGUAAGCACUCCCAUGAACCUGCUCUUCAUAUUGGCGACUCUGUUAUCGGAAUAAAUGGCUUCCUGAAUAUUCUUGGUGUUCAUAUCGACGAUAAGUUGUCCUUUAACGACCACCCAUUAAAGUUUUUAAAGAAGGUCUAUGCCAAGGUUGGAGCUCUGAGACGACUUAGAAAGCUGGUGCCUGCUGACAUCGCACUUAUGCUGUACAAGGCUUAUAUACUUCCACACCUUGAAUAUUGUAGGCCAUUACAAUUAGGGAUUAACAAAACUUUGAACAAGAAACUUGAAUCGGCAAACUAUUAAGCUUUAAAAGCCCUCUUAAAUUUCGGAAACAGCUUAGGUUAUGAUUCCAUAUUGUCGCUGUAAACAUGCAAUCACUAGAACAUGGACGGUGCUAUCAAUCUCUUAUCCUCCUUUUUAACUGUAUAAAACGAAAUAGGGCUAACUAUAUUUCUGAUUUAUUCGAACCUCGUAUAUUGCUCUACAAUUUAAGGAACAGAGAUCACAAUCUCACUCAAACAUCCUAUAAUACUAGGGCGAAUAUAGGCGAAAUUUUAUCUAGAGGGGUUCGGGAGCAUUCUUACACAGAAAAUGGUAAAAGUUAGAAUUACUGGGUAAUUUCUACCAAUUCUGAGAUUGAUUUUGUCCAAUUUUUAUCACCAAUCCGCUGGUUUUCUGCACAAAAACGUACAUGUAGCAAAGGAAAUUGUGUUUGCUUUUAACAUAAAGAUUAGAAGACUUAAAAACCCAUGGUAUUAUUGGUGGGGACAUAGCCCACUCAGCCUAAGGCUUCGCGGUCUCUGACCAAGAUUGGUUACCACAGAUGUUGUAAAUGUAAAGAAAAAAGCCAUUUGCGAGGGAAAGAUCCUUAUGCUAUGAUCCUUACGCAGCCCAGAUAAUUUCUGGAACGAGGAAAUUUGAUCAUGUUACACCUAUUCUUAAGCAGUUACAGUGGCUGCUAAUUAUUAAACAACUUGCGGUUAUGGAUGCUACCGUGGAAUUUAAAUGCUUAAAUAGACUUGCACGCCCAUAUCUUUGUCAGAAGUUUAAAACAAGAACGGAAGUGGACAACUGCAACACUAGGAAUAGGGACCGCCUACAUAUACGACCCUGUAGGACGGCUGCAGGUCAGCACGCGUUUACCUUCAGUGGCCAAAAGCUGUGGAAUAGUCUCCCAGACGAGUUUCAGUCUAUUACUAAUUUAGAUGUAUUUAAAGUCUUGAUCAAAAACGAUUUCUUAAAACAUAAGCAAGCGAAUAUUAACGUUAAAAGCCGACGUUUCGGUAUCAUCAUGACACCAUUCUUAAGGCAAAAUGAAUAAAUAAUGCGAAGAUUUGAUUUCUAUAGUCUCUACAAAUUAGCAUAAUAACAAAGGAUCACAAGUUCUUCAAGUGAAUACCUUUGAGCGAAUCGAGCUUAAAAAUCAAGACCACUUUUCAGCCCGUGUUCAUCAGCAGAAAACUCAACGAAGACCUUAAAUUUCGAGAAGUCAAGCCAGCCAUUGUUAACCAACAAUGUACGAUGCAGGAUAUGUUGGUUAUACUCGCGGCCACCUCCUUUACGCGUUGAUGGACACAAACAGAAAUCGUCGUCAAUUUGUAAACAUCAUCUUAGCGAACAUAACUCGAACGUACCACCUCUUCUUUCAGAACAAUUUCACGUGCUCACUAAAGGUUCUAACAAAUUUGAUUGCCUAAUUAAGGAGAUGCUCUUUAUAAGAAAACUCAAACCAUCCCUAAACGUGCAGGCGGACUCGCUUGUGAUCCUUUGUUAUUAUGCUAAUUUGUAGAGACCAUAGAAAUCAAAUCUUCGCAUUAUUUACUCAUUUUGCCUUGAGAAUGGUGUCAUGAUGAUACCGAAACGUCGGCUUUUAACGUUAACAUUCGCUUGCAGAUGUAUUUAAAGUUAAAAUAAAACAGCAUUUUUAAGGGUAUUUUUGGAAAACUAAGUUUUAGAUAUUUGACAUUGUAAAUUUAGCUGAAAAGCCUUUUUGAGAAGAUUAAUAAAGUUAUUAUAAUUGCCCCCGCAGGGAUUUCGCCCAGAAGGCCAGAAGGCGAAAUCCCGAGGAGGCACUCUAGUAACUCGCGCGUAUAUUAAGGAAAGUACUUACAGUUGAAAUAUACAGUCAUAAAGUCAAUAUAGAAAAAAUGUCGAUUUGCUUGAACAGGGGCCGCGAGGAAUCGGUAGGUAAUGAUGACGUUUCUAUUGUUUGCGCCCGCAAGUACGAAAUGGUUAGGAUGAAGUAAAGAAAGAACAUCCCCAAGGGACCGCUUAGGUAGAUUUUGUGACAUUUAUUGUGCAGUCAUACUUCGACGCUCUUUUGCGUUACGCGGUUAUCAGUGACAUUCUGUGGAGCAGUUGUUUCAGUGAAAGUUAUGGACCAAAAUUUUAACGACACUCAUUAAGCGCAGAAGAAGUUAUAAGGUGCGUAUAAAUGUGUAUAUACAAAUACUUGGAAAGUUUGUUAGACACGAGUUCACAAAUCGUUCAUUGGAAACCUUGCCAGACACUCUUUCUCUCUCUAUUACCGAAAUAAACAAGCAAGACGGGUGAGCAACAGCUAGCUUCUCACCAGCAGAACGAUGUACGAUUACAGAAAUUCGCCAACAAUCAAAUUCUGUGCUGACUUAUUCCCUGCUCACAGAUGUCCUUUCGCUAUAAACUUUAAAAUAAGACUAGAAUGCGCGAGUGUGAAUUAAUCAAACGUCCUUUUAUUAAAUUUCUAAGGCUUCCUUUCCGGCAAAGAAAAUGAACUGAAUGUAAAAAGUGAAAGAAAAAUGGCGAAAAAUUCAACUUCUUAUUAAAUCUUUUCUUAUGGUUUAGAAUAAACUAUUCUCGAAACUUCCAGUCCAGUCCAGUCACUGGCAAUAUUUUCAGGUCAGGUGCAUGUUCUUUGCAUAAGGAACUUUGUCACUUGGGCCUGAUUAAUACAAACGGGUAAGUGACGUUUACUGAAAAUUCGAGGACUUCGAGAAGUGAGAUUCUCUGAUAUCUCAGGUCACCGGAGUAUUCGGAUCUGUAUCUUACGCCAGUGUUUGUUUACAAUAAGUGAUAACAGAGAUUACGAGUAAAUGAACUUUCCAAAGUUUGGCUCAGAAAGUUUAGUCAAACUUAUUUUCUUGUCAAGGGCUGCUGCAGUCUGAAUUCGAAUAAUAUGUCGCAAUAGAAACCAAACACUGAGUUUUCCUGGUUGAAAAAGUGUCAAUCAACCAACUAAGACAACAGCGAGCAAAAGGAGGUAAAAUGAAGAAACCUCUAAAAUCAGACGUAUACUUUUUCGUCUAGCGCGCUCGCUUUUGGUGGGCCAAAAAGGCUUUUAGUAUGACAUACAGGAAGAAUGGUUUCUUCAAAAGGACCCUUUCACACCGGCUAAACAUAUAUACCCUUGAUGCUAUAACAUUCUGAAAUAUGGUAAAAUUCACUGUAUUAACAAAGCACGAAACAUUACUUUCUUUGCGCGGGUGUUAAAAAUAGAAAGAAAGCCUAGAUCAAUAUAAAGUAUAGCUUGAAAGUAACUUUAAGAAAUGUGCAACAAACUUUGUAAAGAUGAACUAUAGAUUAGCUUUCGUUUUCUCUUACGAGCGUUUUGAAAAUGCCGUAAUUUGCAUAAUUUGCUUCGGGCCUUCGACCAGGUUUAGGCCGAUUUUAAACAUUCCUGUUUUUCGCAAAAACGGAGCUUCGCUGGAUCUUUUGAAUAUUGUUUUCGAAAAUAGUUUACCAAAAGGGUUUUUUUUGGUGAGAUAAAAAAAAAUCGAAUUUUCUGAUCUGGGGCCGGAUUCUCGAUAUUUACUGAGAACGGUUCUUAAAUUUCUGCGUUCGCGUGUUAUUGAAAAGCGCUAUCUUCGAGAAACUUAACCUCAUUAAUUUAUGCAAGUGUCUCUCACAGAUUACGACAAUUCGUUUUCAACAAUUUUGUUUUAUUUUUUUUGUUGUUUGACAGGAACUGACACAACUGCAUUUGCAGGAUUUCGCGCCUGCAAAUGUUUGACAGAUCAUUACCGUACGAAUUUGUUUGGGGCUUGUAAGCCAUGCGAGCUAGGAUUAGAAUGUCAAAAUGAGUCAGUAAAUCUUAAAGAUGGCUUUUGGUGGAAAUGGGAAAGUAAGACACACCGUGAGCUGUACAGAAACUUCACCAAAUACGUAAAGGGCUUCUCAUUUACUCCUAAAUUACACAAGGCGAAUGAUUCCCCUAUUGAAUACCCGUACACCAUUCCUCAACCGUACAGAUGCCCCAUGACAGAAGCUUGUAAAGGAGGUUUGAAUUCUUCAUGUGAGGCUGGUUAUGAAGGACCAUUAUGUGCAGUUUGCAGUGAUGGAUAUUAUAAACAACUGAAGAAAUGCAAACUGUGCCCAACUAAAGGAUGGAUGAUCGGACAGCUUGCAAUUAUGGGGGCAAUAAUUAUUUUACUGGUUAUUCUGGUGGUUUGGAGAAGCAAGAAAAAGAGCAAAAACGAUACUGGACGAUCUUUCCUUGAUGAGGUCCUUGGAAAGCUUAAAGUUAUAAUUGGCUUUUAUCAGGUGACGUCUGGUAUCUUGGAGGCCUUUUCAUACAUAAAAUGGCCUAGAAGUCUUUCUGUUAUUGGAGAAUAUUCCGAAAUUGCCCAAGGCAAAAUUCUUCAGAUAGCUCCCCUCCACUGCGUCCUUCCAAGCUUGGAACUUGAUGCAUUCGGAAGUUUGUUCGCAGUUAUGGGAUUGAACAUUGCAGCAGUCAUCGUCGCCCUUGUUAGCCUUGCCCUUGCCACUUGGACAUCGACACGACAUAUUCUGAAUGAAGAGGGAAGAAUGAAGAAAAAGGAGCAUAUUAAAGCGGUCGUAAUGAGAAAUCUGUUUUUCUUUCUUUUCGUGACCUAUCUGAACACUUGCGUAAAAACAGCUCAAGUUUUGCCUCUUGCCUGCCACAAGAUCUGCGUUAACAAAAAAGGUGAAAGCUGCGAGGAGUAUUUAAAGGCCGAUUACAGCAUUAACUGUAAUGGGGAGAGAUACAGCCGAUUAGUCUUCGCAGGAUACUGUUCCAUUGUGUAUGUGAUUGCCCUGCCUGGUGCUGCUUUUAUAGCAAUUUGGAAACGACAGAGAGGUGAAAAGAAAAAUGAAACAAACGACACGAAUGGUCCCGGAGAUCAAAGCACCGUGCAAACCGGACUUCGUUUCUUACACGAAAACUACAAGCCUCAUUGUUGGUAUUGGGAGCUGGUGGAGACAGUUCGAAAGGUAAUUUUGACCUCUGGAUUGAUCCUUGUGGGUGGUGAAAGCAGACUUUACAUUUUAUUGGCUUUGGUUUUCUCUGGUUUGUAUGGGAUGUAUUUCGCGCUGAACUCGCCAAUAACUGAUCCAUUCGAAAACGAGCUUAUGCUUUCUUCACUUGCCGUUACCUUCGUAAACCUUGCAAUAGGAGCCGUCAGCAGAAUCCCGGAUGAUGGUUUUUCGUCACCAGUCGACCCAAUCUUGGAUAGCUUGUUGUUCAAUGGCUUGGUCAUUGUUGCCAACUCCUUGGUCAUUGGACUACUUGUCGGUAAGUAAGGAUAAUACAAAGUAUUUGUCUGUUAAAACAUCCUGCUACAUGUUACAGGCUUAACCCGGGCUAAAUACCUCCAUGGAAUUCCAUGGAAUUUCGUGGAACUCGAUGAAUUUCCGUGGAUCUCUAUGGAGUUCUCCAUGAAUCUCCAUGGAAUUCCAUGGAAUAUCCAUGGAGUGUCCUUUGAGUUCCAUAGAAUUCCAUGCGUUUUGUAUGGGAAUCAAUAGAAAUUCAUUAAUAAAGCAACUAAUUAACUGGUUAACUGCAUGUUCAAGUCUAAACUUUUUACUGGACAGAAAAAUAGAAAACAGGGCAGGUUUUUAAAAGCAAAAUAAUGCCUAAGUUUAAAUUAUCCAAACAUCGUCACUUGUUCUUGUUCACCGUUCAUGCUGAAACUGAGCGUAAUAAAUGUUUUUGCGGGCGACAAGAGGAGUCCACAAUCCUAGUCUCCAGGUUGUUAUUACGCAUGAGCCGCUUGUAUGUAGCCAGCAUUCGUUUGGACGUCCACUAAGAACGAAUGGAAUGCACAAAACGCAAUUUGAUCACGUGCGUUUCGACCUUCUACCCCUCGUAAUCUGAUCACGCGUGUUUUGACCAUCUGUCACGUGAAACUUACGCAAAGCACAGCAUUGAAGCUAAAGCGUUUGGACCUCGGAUCGUUGUCUCCUGCACUCCCUAACCUUUGGUUAUUACUAGUUCCUAACUAUUAAGGAAAAAAGGUUUUUGUGUGCUUAAUAAAAAAUGAUCCUGUGUAAAUAAUAAAAUAUAAGUAUACAAAAUUGUUUCUAGUGAGAGUGUCUGCCAACAAUCUAGCAAAAUCAGUGUUGCAUUUAUAGAGAGGAUCUAUUUUUUAUAACAACAUGCAGCCGCUUCAAUAUAAUAAAUAACUAUGAGUGAUCCCACGAGGCACGAAGCUGUCGAUGUACAAAGUGUCUUGAGGUUGAGAGUUGAGACUCCAGUCCAACCUGAAUGAUGACCGAGAGUACCCUGCAUCUGCUUUGCAUGGAGUUAUUCGAGCUACAUUUUUAGUCACAUCUGUGAAUAUGUGCGCCUAUUUUCAAAGGCUCCCUCACUUAGAAGAACAAUGACAUAUUUUUCUCUCGCUGAUUUACUCUUCAAGAGCGUCGGAAUGGUGUAGUUAACUCUGAAAGGGACCACAUCUUAACGCUUUUAAAGACAGACAAAUUGAGGUAUUCUUCACAGAAUUCCUGAUCUGAGUAUAAAAGGCUGUUCAGCAAGCAAAAACAUUUGCGAACUAUGAAAUUCCGAGCAAAAUCAACACUGUUGAAAAUUACUCUCAGCAUCUGUCAUUUGCUCAUAUUAAACUCAAUCAUGUGUUUUUUUCAAAGUAGUCACUAAAAAGCCUGGAUUUCGACAAGAGUGAUUUUACUUUUGAGUUUUCCUUAUAAGCAGAUAAAACUACAUUUUUUUACAUAAUUUACUGGUUGAAAUAGAUAAAGAACAGCUAAGCAGAGGUCUCGAUGUUGUGGUUUAACAAAACAGCUUGCCUCUAUACUAAAAUGCUUAACUCGGAUGGCUCUUCAAAGUGACCAACUGUAUAGAUUUCUAUCUCAUGGUUAGCACAAUCAAGGUCGUUACUAACUUUACAACGUAAAUUAUACACAUCAACUACAAUGAACAUUAAAAUAUCGAGAAUCUCACUUCACCUGACUGAUCACCAUCUAGUUUGAUUUAAUUUGCUGCUUUUGCGCUUUACUUUGCAUUUUGAAGAUAGGUCUUCGAUUGCAGGGUUGUAAGUCCACCUUAUUUUCCGUAAGAUCGUCGAGAUCGAAUAGUUUAUGGGCGGCCAUAGCUUGCUUUCAAAUGUACCGAGCCUAGCGUAGCUAAAGGGAGGAGUCAAACUAUAUUUAGGGGGUGGGGGACGCGACGCCCACCCCUCGUAACGGUAAGCUCUCGACCUCAACGAACUAAGGAAAAAAUAGUGAGCUAUAGGGCCAUUAUUUUCUUACUUUGUUUGAUCAGCAUCACAAGGCCUUGCACAUGUACAGUUUCUGCAUGAUUUUGCUGAUCACGAUCUAUUUUGGUCAAACGUCAAGAUUUUUGUUAUUUCAUGACAUCCCUGCUCCUCAGAACGGCUAAACUUCUUAGUCUCAACCAUUUUUUUCUGCUAAUAUUCUUAAUGACCAUUUCUCUUCUGCGGGAAAUAGGCUAGCUAGCACAAUUCCAACGCCACAACAACAUCUUAAUUACGUUAGUCAUUGCAAAGCACUGUCUUCAUCUUUCUAUCCUUACCGGUAACGUCCGACGAAGUGAAAUUUCAAAUACUCUCCAUACCAAACAACAAGUCUUAUGGUCUUUAGUAAAAUCCAACUAGUGGUCUGUAUCAAUGCUACGUUCUGAUUGGAUAAGCUACUACUAGGCUAUAUGUUAUAGCCUACUAGUAGCGAAGAGCGCCGGAUUUUUGGCGGCAAAAAGGGACUUACGUGUAGCUUUAACCAGCUAAAAGUUGUUUUGUAUCGAUAUUUUUGAGCAACUAGUUGAAUUUUACUAAAAAAAUUAUUCCUCUCGCGCCUCUGAGUAAAUAACCCAUGAGGCCGAAGACUCAGAGCCCAUUCGAGAUCGAGGAAUAAUUGUUAAGUACUCACACCUCCCAUAAAAUUAUUAAAGUGUGCAAGUAGUAUCAUAGCUCCUAUUCAAUCGGAAAUAUCGAAUAUCUCAGUAACAUUAAGAAAAUAUCCUUCAAAACUUAAAUUGUCCAAAAUAACUCCAAUAUUCAAGAGUGGCGAAGAUAAUGAUGCGAAUAAACUACAGACCUAUAUUCUUAUCUAACUUUAACAGAAUUUUUGAAAAGAUCAUGUACAACAGAAUGAAAGAUUAUAUUGACAAACAUAAAUAUAUGUUAUUCACCGGCUGGGAGGUCGAUUUUCUUUGGGAGAAACUGGUAUUUCAGACCGAGGGCAUAGUUUCUCCCAAUACGGACCGACCUUUAAUUUUUUUUUCCUACUGAGAUUUGAAAGUUUCUGGAAAAUUUUCCUUCACUCUCCAACCUAUUUGUGUUGAAGUAGGACGCGUUUGUGUUGAUGAAGCGCGCGGUCGAUUGCAAACCAAAACAAAACAUUACAACAUGACUUUUAGCUCGGUAAUUUAUUUCAAGGCACUUACUGCUCUCUUUUGAAAUAAGGAAAGGUUUUUGUGUCUUGCUAGACAACUCAUAAUCUGAGUGUCAAACAAGAAUAAAAGAAUUGACGAGCUUGAUAUUAAAAGCCCCAGGGUGAAAAAUACAGCAAGGGUUAUCUUCGGCCGAAUAAUUCAAAAAUUGCUUUAAGAUUAUCAAUUGAGCGGGAUCAAAACUGUACAAAAGAGCUAAUUACACAUACCAGUUUUAGGGUUUUGAAUUGAAUUCGAAUAAAAGAAGGCGAUUUGAGUAACAAGUGAUAAACAAGGAAAUGAUAACGGCGAUAACCGACUGCUAGAAAAGUGAUUCGUGUUGUUUAUAUAAGAUUGAAAGUUAACACCAAUCAUUGAAAAUGGAAAACAGAACUACAAAAAUAUGAGAGCAAAAAUGUCCAAUAAACGGUGCAUAAAAGCAAGAUUGCGGUACUUACAGCGCGGUUAUAAAGAUAGUGAAGCGACAUCACGAGCCACCUGUUUUGCUUUACUUUAGCUGUUUUCCUGGCUUACUUGCUUGAUUCUCCCUUCAGAUUUUCUGUCUGAAUAAUAAAAUUCACUUUUCCCUAGCUAAUUCUAAUAAUAGCGCAAGUUUUGAAAGAAAGAUGAUUUGAAAAUGACGGUUUUUGCUCAUUCACAAACAACAAACAAACUUGUGAAUGAAGCUGCCAACGAUUCCGCCCGGGUUAGCGGGCAAGAUCGUAAAAUACCGUCCACUCUCGAAACCAAUCACAUCGCAGGAUUUGGAGGAUUGCGCCCGCUCGCAAGCUUGGGAAAAAAUAAUUUAUUGUAUUCCUCCCAGUAUGGCUUUCGUAAAGGUCACUCGACUAGAGAUUGUAAACGCAAUACAAACUAAUAUCAAUCAAGGUCUUUUCUCGUGUGGAGUCUUCAUAGACCUCAAGAAAGCUUUUGAUACUGUCGAUCAUAAUAUUUUGCUCGACAAACUUAAUCACUAUGGUUUUCGUGGAAUUAUUAAAGACUGGUUCUCCUCGUAUUUGAAUAAUCGUAUGCAAUCUACCCAAAUCGGAUCAUACAUUUCAAACAAAGCCAACGUAAGCUGUGGUAUUCCCCAAGAAUCUGUCCUUGGCCCGUUGCUUUUUUUAUUGUAGGUUAAUGACAUACAUUAAUGCUCGAAUAAACUUAAGUUUUAUCUCUUCGCAGAUGAUACUAAUAUCCUUUAUGCUGAUAAAAACUUAAAGUCCUUAGAAAAUAUGGUAAAUAUUGAUUACGAAACCUCCACGAAUGGUUAACAUCCAAUAAGUUAACUCUCAAUACUACGAAAGGUAACUUUGUAAUCUUUCACCCUUAUCACAAAAGAGUCACUUACCAACCGAGCCUCUACAUGUUCGAUAACGAGAAAAAUGGAAAUGUAACUUUAGAGUCCAAAAAUUAUAUUACAGUCAAACCAGGUCAAGCGUUCCCGUCACUAGCAAACUAAUGAAUUCAUUAAUGGCAAAAUGAUUUCGUUUGUUGAUUCAAUAAUCCAUUCAUAAAAUGAAUAAUCGAACAAUCAAAUUGGACCUCGAUUCAAUAAUUAAAUGUUCAUUCGGUUUAUAUACAAAAUCUACCUGUUCUUUAUUCUUGUCUGCUGAGUUCAAUCGUCUUUGCUUCCCCUUUCCUGCCGUUUACGACUGCGUUUGUAAUUGCCUUUAAUCAAAAUAACAGCUAGAAGAGACAGACCGCAAACACAAAGAAACUGACAAAGGCCGGGGAUCGAAAUCCACCAAUCACCGCACAUACACUGACCUUAGUUUCACUAUCGUGUUUCCUAAGAGGUCAGGUCCGUUGCAGUGAAUACUGGAAACAAAAUGACGUACAUGUAACAGUUUGUUUGGGUUUGAAAUUCAGAACUCGCCCGAACUCGACUCUAAGAAAAAAAGGAGAAAAAAAAGUGUAGUUUUUCUAAAAACAGUAAUCGAAUCAACAUUCGAUUAUGGAAUCGAGGCUAAAUAUGAAUAUUGGAUUGUUCAUUUUAUGAAUGGAUUAUUGAAUCAAUAAACGAAAUCAUUUUUCCGUUAAUGAAUUUAUUAGUUCGUUAGCGACGGGAACGCUUCACCUGGUUUGACUGUAAAUAUCUUGGUGUGUUGGUUGAUAAAAACCUUACUUGGAAAUAUCACAUUGACGACAUUACGGCAAAAAUCAGUAAAACUAUUGGACCAAUUUCAGAACAUCGGCACUCCAUACCUCGUCAUAUACUGUUAUAUAUUUACCAAACAUUAAUCCAUCUUCACCUAAACUAUGGUAUUGCUGCCUGGGGUGGGGCAUCCAAGACUUCCCUCAAUAAAAUUCUAACUCUCCAGAAGAAAGUGCUCCGCAUGAUGUAUUUUACGUAUAUACGUGAACACGCAAUUCCUCUAUUUAUUCGACGCUGACAUAUUACCAGUGUCAUUUAUGUAUUAUAAAACUGUGGCUAGUCUAAUGCACGAUAUUAACAGCAACAAUUCGCCAACAAACCUCUUCAUUUCAUUUGAAAAAAACCUCAACAAUUCAUUCAUACCAUACAAGAUCAUCUACUUCAGGUAACUUUCACGUUAAAAGCUCAAAGCUGGAAAUACACAAAAACUCCUUGUCUCGUUUUGGUGUGAAACUUUGGAAUGAGAUACCUUGUCAUAUUAGAGAUCUUCCUAAAAAGAAAUUUUCGAAAGUGCUUCACAGAUUGCUUUGCGACAUCUUAAAAAGAGAACAUGACUAUAUUGAGACGUCAUUAAAAGUUGAAAAAAGUUCGAUUAACAGUUAAGAAUUCUGUAAAAAGUAUUUGUUUUUUUCGAUCAAUUCCUUUUUCGCCUCUCCUAAGUAGAUUUAAUGUAAUUAUAAUAGAAUUAUGAUAGAAAUAUUGUUUAUUGUAACAGUUAAGUGAUUUCUGUACAAAAGUAUUUGUUUUUUUUUCGCACCCGUCAAUUCCUUUUUCGUCUUCCUUAGUUUUAAUGUAAUUAUAACAGAAUUAUGAUAGAAAUAUUGUCUAUUGUAACAGUUAGUUUCUGUAGAUUUACCCGUCAAUGCCUUUUUUCGUCUCUUCUUAGUAGAUUUAAUGUAAUUAUAAAGAAUUAUGAUAGAAAUAUUGUUUAUUGUAACAGUUAAGUGAUUUCUGUACAAAAGUAUUUGUUUUUUUUUUCGCACCCGUCAAUGCCUUUUUCGUCUCUUCUUAGUAGAUUUAAUGUAAUUAUAAUAGAAUUAUGAUAGAAAUAUUGUUUAUUGUAACAGUUAUGUGAUUUCUGUACAAAAGUAUUUGUUUUUUUUUUCGCAGUCCGUCAAUUAAGUAGAUUUAAUGUAAUUAUAAUAAAACUAUGAUAGAAAUAUUAUUUAUUGUAACAGUUAAGUGAUUUCUGUACAAAAGUAUUUGUUUUUUUUUCGCAGUCCGUCAAUUCCUUUUUCGUCUCUCCUUAGUAGAUUUAAUGUAAUUAUAACAGAAUUAUGAUAGAAAUAUUGUUUAUUGUAACAGUUAAGUGAUUUCUGUACAAAAGUAUUUGUUUUUUUCGCACUCCGUCAAUGCCUUUUUCGUCUCUCCUUAGUAGAUUUAAUGUAAUUAUAACAGAAUUAUGUUAGAAAUAUUAUUUAUUGUAACAGUUAAGUGAUUUCUGUACGAAAGUAUUUGUUUUUUUCGCACUCCGUCAAUUCCUUUUUCGUCUUUCCUUAGUAGAUUUAAUGUAAUUAUAAUAAAACUAUGAUAGAAAUAUUAUUUAUUGUAACAGUUAAGUGAUUUCUGUACAAAAGUAUUUGUUUUUUUCGCACUCCGUCAAUUCCUUUUUCGUCUUUCCUUAGUAGAUUUAAUGUAAUUAUAAUAAAAUUAUGAUAGAAAUAUUGUUUAUUGUAACAGUUAAGUGAUUUCUGUACAAAAGUAUUUGUUUUUUUCGCACUCCGUCAAUUCCUUUUUCGUCUCUCCUUAGUAGAUUUAAUGUAAUUAUAAUAGAAUUAUGAUAGAAAUAUUGUUUAUUGUAACAGUUAAGGAUUUCUGUAUUUGUUUUUUCGUAAAGUUUUUUUUUCGCACCCGUCAAUGCCUUUUUCGUCUCUCCUUUAGAUUUAAUGUAAUUAUUUCGUCUAAAAC